GGCGGGAGGGCGGCGGGAGGCGGAGGAUGCUGCGCUGCAUGCCGCCCUUGUGGCGCUGCAACCGGCAGGUGGAGGCGCUGGACCGGCGCCACUGCUCGCUGCAGGCCGUGCCCGACGACGUCUACCGCUACAGCCGCUCCCUCGAGGAGCUCCUGCUCGACGCCAACCAGCUGCGGGAGCUGCCCAAGCCUUUCUUCCGACUCCUCAACCUGCGCAAGUUGGGCCUGAGUGACAAUGAGAUCCAGCGCCUCCCGCCCGAGGUGGCCAACUUCAUGCAGCUGGUGGAGCUGGACAUCUCCCGCAAUGACAUUCCAGAAAUCCCCGAAAGCAUCAAAUUCUGCAAAUCCUUGGAAAUUGCGGACUUCAGCGGGAACCCCUUGUCCAGGCUCCCCGAGGGCUUCACUCAGCUGCGCAGCCUGGGCCACCUGGCCCUCAACGACGUGUCUCUGCAGUGCCUGCCCCGGGACAUUGGCAACCUGGCCAACCUGGUGACCCUGGAGCUUCGGGAGAACCUGCUCAAGUCCCUCCCUGCCUCCCUCUCCUUCCUCGUCAAGUUAGAGCAGCUGGACCUGGGGGGCAAUGACCUGGAGGUGCUGCCAGACACGCUGGGGGCGCUGCCAAACCUGCGGGAGCUGUGGCUGGACCGGAACCAGCUCUCGUCUCUUCCCCCGGAGCUGGGCAAUCUGCGCCGCCUGGUUUGCUUGGACGUCUCCGAGAACAAGCUGGAGCAGCUGCCCGGCGAGAUCAGUGGGCUGGUGGCUCUGACGGAUCUGCUUCUCUCCCAGAACUUGCUGGAGAACAUUCCUGAUGGGAUUGGGCAGCUGAAGCAGCUCUCCAUCCUGAAGAUUGACCAGAACCGGCUGGUGGAGCUGACGGAGGCCAUUGGGGAGUGUGAGAAUUUGUCAGAGCUCAUCCUGACGGAAAACAUGCUGCUGGCCCUGCCCAAGGCUCUGGGGAAGCUGGCCAAGCUGACCAACCUCAACGUGGACCGGAACAGGCUGCUGGCCCUGCCCCCUGAGAUCGGAGGGUGCAGCAGCCUGAACGUCCUCUCUCUCCGCGACAACCGCCUGGAGCUCCUGCCCCCAGAGCUGGCAAGCACCACCGAGCUGCACGUGCUGGAUGUGGCAGGCAACAGGUUGCAGCACCUGCCGUUUGCCCUGACCAGCCUCAGCUUGAAGGCCCUCUGGCUGACGGAGAACCAGUCGCAGCCCAUGCUGAAGUUCCAGACGGAGGACGAUGAGAAGACCGGGGAGAAAGUGCUCACCUGCUACCUCCUGCCCCAGCAGCCCUCCCCCAGCCUCGAGAACCUUCUGCAGAACAGCGCAGAUGAGAGCUGGACAGACACCAACCUCAACCGGGUCAGCGUGAUCCAGUUUGCAGAUGAGCCCCGAGUGGGAGAAGAGGAGGAGGAGGAGCUGGGCGUGGAGAAGAGGGGCCUGCAACGCCGUGCAACCCCUCACCCGAGUGAGCUGAAGUCCAUGAAGCAGGCGAUGGAAGGGCGGCGCAGUGAGGCUCACGCUGCCAAAGCAGGUCUCGAUCGGGGCUCUUCUAACCCAGGGGACAAGAGACUGAGUGCCACAUCCAACCAAAGUGAGGAAUCACAGGUCUCCAGCAGCACCAUCUCGGCCGGCUGCCCGGAGGAGUCGGGGAGGAGCCUGCAGCAGACAGCAGGGUCGGAAGAGGCCCCCUUGAGCGCUGGAGCUGAGGAAGAGGUGGCAGUGGUGGAGAAGGGACAGCGAGAGGAGGAGGAGGAGGCCACAGGAGACCAGGAGGAAGAGCUGGAGGUGGAAUACAAUGAGCCCUCGGUGCAUUUUGCCGAAGAUACUUUUGUCCGCAGCGAAGAUGAGGAAGAGGAAGAGGAGUGUCGGUUCCCAGCAGGCAAGCAGCGCUUGAUCCGCAAGGACACCCCCCACUACAAGAAGCACUUCCGGAUUGCUCAGCUGCCUCAGCCUGAAGCAGUGGUGGCCCUCUUGCAAGGGCUGAGCACGGAGGUGGGGCCCCCGGCAGUGGAGGAGGAGGAGGAGGAGGAGCCUCGUAACAACGGGUGGGAUGAAGAGGAGCCCAAGAACGAGGCCCCAGCUGCUCCGCCCUCCGUCAAGGGGGUGUCGUUUGAUCAAGCCAAUAAUCUGCUGAUUGAACCUGCUCGCAUUGAGGAGGAAGAGCUGACCCUGAUGGUGGUGCGGCAGACGGGGGGGCUGGGCAUCAGCAUCGCAGGGGGCAAAGGCUCCACCCCCUACAAGGGAGAGGAUGAGGGGAUCUUUAUUUCUCGUGUGUCGGAGGAAGGCCCAGCUGCGCAGGCGGGGGUGCGAGUGGGAGACAAGCUCCUGGAGGUGAAUGGAGUCUCCCUUCAGGGCGCAGAGCAUCACGUGGCUGUGGAGGCGCUGCGUGGCUCAGGCAGUGCUGUCUCCAUGACUGUGCUGCGGGAGCGAAUGGUGGAGCCGGAGAACGCCAUUACUGUGACGCCCCUGCGACCCGAAGAUGACUACAGCCCUCGGGAGCGGCGAGGUGGGGGGCUGCACUUCCCCGAGCGGCCCGAAGGAGCGGCCCCCACAGAGCGCCUCUCUGCCUGCCUGAUGCGAAACGAGCGGGGGCUUGGCUUCAGCAUCGCGGGGGGCAAGGGCUCCACGCCCUACCGGCCAGGGGAAACGGGGAUUUUUAUUUCGCGGAUUGCCGAAGGGGGUGCAGCACACCGGGAUGGCACCCUGCGCGUGGGGGAUAGGGUCCUCUUGAUCAACGGGGUCGAGAUGACAGAAGCCAGGCAUGACCAGGCCGUAGCGCUGCUGACUGCCACUUCGCCCACCAUCACGCUGCUGGUCGAGAGGGAAGCUGCCGCUCCACCCGGCGAGGGCGACCAGUCCUUGGGGCAGCGAGUUCGGGUCCACUCUCCACCGCCCCCUGCCCAGCAGGGGAGCCCUCCCCCCGAGGAGUCCCGCAGCAGCCACCUACCCCAGACCUCCCUGGAGAGCCAGUACCCAGUGGAGGAGGUCUGCCUGCUCAAAGCCGGGGGCCCGCUUGGGCUCAGCAUUGUCGGGGGCAGCGACCACUCCAGCCACCCCUUUGGGAUCCAGGAGCCAGGGGUCUUCAUCUCCAAGGUGAUUCCACGGGGGCUGGCGUCCCGCAGUGGGCUGCGGGUGGGCGACCGAAUCCUGGAGGUGAAUGGCAUCGACCUCCGCCAUGCCACGCACCAAGAGGCUGUGAGCGCCCUGCUGUCCAACAGCCAGCAGCUGAGAAUGGUGGUCAGGCGAGACCCACCCCCGCCUGGGAUGGAGGAGAUCUGCAUUGAGAAGAGGCCCGGGGAAAAACUUGGGGUCAGCAUCCGAGGCGGUGCCAAGGGCCACGCGGGGAACCCCUUUGACCCCACGGACGAGGGCAUCUUUAUCUCCAAGGUCAGCUCUGCCGGGGCUGCAGCCCGCGAUGGCCGGCUGAAAGUGGGCAUGCGCAUCCUGGAGGUGAACCAUCAGAGCCUGCUGGGCAUGACCCAUGCCGAAGCGGUCCAGAUCCUGCGUGCUGCCUGCGAUUCUCUCCUGGUGCUUGUCUGUGAUGGGUUUGACCCCCAGGCCGUGGCUGCCCUCGAGAUGUCUCCGGGGAUCAUUGCCAAUCCCUUUGCGGCUGGCAUGGGCCACAAGAACAGCCUGGAAAGCAUUUCCUCCAUAGACCGGGAUCUCAGUCCGGAGGAGCUGGAUCUGCUGCAGAAGGAGUUGGAGAUGGUGAGGGAGACCACCCAGUGGGAGAGGGAAGAGAAGGAGAAAGUGGAGCGAAGGCGCAGGGAGCGGGAGAUGGCCGCGCAGCUGCUGGCAGAAGCUGCAGAGGACAUCAGCGCAGAGCCCCUGCAGCUGGAUUACCGCACCCUGGCAGCGCUGCCCAGCAGUGGUCUCCCGAGAGCCACACGUAGUCCUCCCUGUUGUGAAAUGGAAGGGGAUUCCCAGGUGCACCCUGCGCCAGAGACUUGUGUCGUCCGCCACGCCCCCUCCUCGAACCCGGGCCUGAUGAGCGGCGGCGCCAUCUCGGCAAGUGGGGCUUCCCUUGAGCUGGGGCAGCCUAGCCAGGAGCAGGAGAGCCUGGUGGACUCUCAGCCCAUCCCCUUCAGCGCCAACCCCUUUGUCGUGGCCAAUCGCCAGGCCUGCCUGGGGGGCCCUCCCCUCGGCUACGGCCAGGGCGGGGUGCUGCAGACCCGUCUCCACGCCAAGACGCCGGCCGGGGAGAGCGAAGUAGGCGCCGUGCGACGAGACUCUCCUUACUCUCCGGGAAGCCAGCAAGCCUCCCUGCACUGCUUUCCCAGCCACCCCGAGAGCCAGUCGACGAAGCCCGGGACCAUCCAGCCACUUUCCCGCAUGCGGGGGCCCCCAGCUGCCUCGGAGGGCAGGGACAGUCCCAACCCAUUCCAGCAGCCUGAGCUCUGCUCCAGGACCCACAGCUCUUCUUCUGGUUCUCCAUUGCCCGAGGAGAUCUCUCUCAGCGCCAAGCAGGCUUACAAGGCCUUUGCGGCGGUUCCAGUUUCGCACCUGCUGCUGGAGCCAGAGGAGCUGCAAAGCCAGGAAGGUGCAGAGAGGCCUCAGGCCCUGUCCCAGGUGGCGCCACCAGGAGGUUUGCACAGCCCGGAACAGCGGUCCUUUCGGGAGCGGCAGAAGUACUUUGAGGUGGAGCUGAAGCAGCAGCCGGCAGAGAAGCCCCCCAAGCGGGUGUCCCUGGUUGGAGAAGAGGACUUGAAGAAGAUGAAGGAGGAGGAAGCCCGCAAGCUCCAGCAGAAGCGAGCCCAGAUGCUGGAAGAGGCGGAGGAAGAGGAAGAGGAGGCUGGCAUGGGAGAGCGGCCUGCAGGCACAGGGGCUGCUGCCCCGUCAAGCAUCAUGAUUGAGGGAGUGGAGUACAAGGUCGAGAAGCUGGAUGGAAGGGCGUUCCUGUCCCCGACAGCCUGGUAUCCUGAGGGAGCCGCUGACUCUCCAAGGAACUCCCUCGAGGAGGGCUCCCGGCCGGAGCAGCAGCCCCCUGGCAUGCCUGGGCUCUGUCCCAGAGUGGGGGGAGAGUGGAGCAUGCCCGUGAGGACAGCCAAAGCGGAGCGGCGGCACCAGGAGCGCCUGCGCAUGCAGAGCCCGGAGCUCCUCAGCACUCAGGAGAAGAGAGAGCUUUCCCCUGCAGAGCGGCGGGCCCUGGAGGCGGAGAAGAGAGCCCUGUGGCGAGCGGCCAGGAUGAAGUCUCUGGAGCAAGAUGCUCUCAAGGCCCAGAUGGUGAUUGCCAGAUCCAAGGAGGGCAAGAAGCGCAGCACGCUGGAGCAGCUGGCCGAGUCCCCCUCGCCUGCCCCCACUCCCUCGCCAACCCCCCUGGAUGACUGCAGCUCCCGGAGCAUCGCUUCGCAAGGCAGGCUGUCUAUGCCUGAAAAGAAGUUUGUCUACAGGGAAUUUGCUGCCAUUCCUUCUUCCAAACCUGUUUAUGAGAUCCAGACUCCUCCCGAUGGUGGCAGCACCUGCAGACUCCUCCAGGAUGGCAGCAGCUCAGGUGACCAAGAGCAAGACGGGCGGGCAGAGGACCAGGAGGGGUUAGCGCCGCCCGCCCCCUCGAUCCCCAGCGUGUCCCCUCGGGAGGAGCUGGGCCUUUUCAGCAGCAAGCGCAAUAUCCGGCAUGCUCAGCACAGCCUGGAGACGGCUGUUCCAACAUAAAGGUCCUGCCCCCCUCUGGGCCAAUGGCAGAAGCAAGCGAGAGCGCCAGCUCUGCGGACCGCCUGGACUGGCACCAGCUGCUGCCUCCUCGGUGACACUGGACAGAACUGAGCUUUCCGAAGGCUCAGCAACCUUCUUUCAGGCUGUGAAUCUUCCUCCUCUUCCCACAAUGCACUGGGGCAGGUUCCGAGCAAACCUGGACUAGCGGCACUGGAGGAGGAAGCUGUGGUGUGCGGUGUGUGUUCACUGUGGUGUGGGAGCGUGCGUGCAUGGCGGACAGCAAGCUGCAGCUGCUUCGUGAUGACUGGCAUGGGCCCUGUCCUGAGCCCCAGCGGGUAUUUGCCAAACGGUCAGGGCUCCAUUCACACCCUGGGCAGGGAAGGUGGGGCAAAGGAGGGAGAGAAGGCGCCUUCCUGGCUUCUGCCAUCACCCUCCUCUUCCGUGGAGGACUGGCGUGAUACAAGCACAGGAUGGGAUCUCUUUUACAGUGGUGUGCGUGCAUGUGUAUGUGUGUGUGCGUGUGUGUGUGUGUGAAGCGGCAAUGGCACAUCAGGCCCACUGACACACCCGAUGAGGCGGCCAGUUGUGAUGCCUGCCCAGCAGUAGCAGAGCUAGAGGAGUGGGGUGCAAAGUUUAGGGGCAGACUAGUUGGUUUAGAGUGUGGUGAUGCAGGUAGAAGGGAGGGGGCCAGGGUUUGGAGUGGAGUAGUGCAGGAUAGGGCGGUGGGUCGGGGGUGGCUCAGCAAGCAAGCACCAGAGAGGACUUGAGGGCCCCCCCUGCUGGAGCCCUGCCCUCGGCCAGCUUCAUUCACCUGCGCUGGGGAAAGUUGGGGCAUUUGGGGGGACACUGAAGGGCGACCGGCAGCUGUGGGCACCAGUGAGGGGAAUGGAGGGGCUGGCUUGGGCCCCCGUGGUCAUGCCUGGUCUGCGCACUUCCUGGGCAGCCUCUUGCCAGCUGCUGAAAGCCAGAGCGGGGACUCUCAUCAUGCCAAAAUCCGUGGGCCAUGUGAUCAGAGCGUGUGAGCUCAGUCCGAGGAGGAGGGGGGAGGGUUCCUCGAUGCCUCCAUGGUGGCUGCUUCUACAUCAACAGUUAGAGCUUUUUGAUUUUAAUCUAAUUUUAGCCUUUGCUUUUAAUGAGCAAUUUUGGGGGCGAUCAGGAAGGGUUUCUUUGACUAACUUAUGACUUCUCUAGGUGCUGGGCUGUGGCAUAUCUGUUCUCUCCCGGGACACUUCAAGGGAGAUAAGACUGUAACUAGUGACAUUUGUACAACCAAAGAAAUCUAUUUUGUGGUUCCAGGACAAUAAAGUUUACUUUACAUUUUA